AUGCAUCAAUACGCCAUUUCCUACAAAAAAAUUUUAAUAGCAUCAGUAGUUGGAGUGUCAUGUUUCGUUCUCUACAGGCGAUUCUUUAGAAGAAAAUCUAAAACACCAACAAAACCCUCCUCCAAGGAAAGUAACGCCAGUGAAAUGAAAAACGUUAAUUCAAAGAAAAACCCCGCAAAGAAAAAUUUCAAUAUUAUAAAUAAGUAUGUGGCCGUCCAGUAUUUACAUCAUCUGAGAGAAGUAUAUGAUAGACCUGAUUCUAAACAGCUAAUGAUGCUCUUGAACACCAUUGCGGAGUUGGCUGCUUUCACUGAGAAUCAACCGACCAUCCCCACGGUCCUGCGCUACCUUGAGCUUGAUGUAUUAGCUAACCACCCCACAAAAGUUUCACUAUGGUUCCUAAUUAAUAUGUCUCUUGUGGACGACUACCACCAAUUAUUUUUGUCCAAAAUAUGCACCAUCUUCUCACACGUUUGGUUGAAAAACAAAAUCAACUGCCAAUUAGAAGCCCUGAAACUUUUGAUCAAUUUGGUGAAUAAUGAAGAUGUUGUUGUUGAAUUUGUGUCAACGCCCGUUCCAGAUGACUAUGUAGCGGACCCAUUAAACAAUCGCUACUUCGAGGACAGAGAUGUUUUACUGAGGUGGCUAAUUCUUUUGAAUAUUUUUAUGAAUUACGUCGUUAAAGAUAAAUCAGUUCUCGGCCCAGCACCAGAACCAAAGCCCCUAACCCUCCCUUCUUGCAAACUCCCUUCUUCUACAGUGUCUAACCCUAGUAUUUGCCACACAUUUGGAAAUAUAUAUUUUGAUGAGAGUUUCAGAUUACGGCUUCUUGAUAGUUUGUGUCUUUGUCACAAGAAACUCAGCAAAGCUAAUGAUGAGGAAAUGUAUCAGUUGAACCUCCAACUGAUGUUUAUGGUGCAAGAGUUGACAAGUAUUUUGAAAUGA